AUGUCUUCGAGGCCUUUUGAAAGUCCUCCUCCAUACAGACCUGAUGAAUUCAAACCAAGCCAUUACGCGCCGAGCAAUGACAUGUACGGUGGAGAGAUGCACGUUCGACCAAUGCUCUCCCAUAAGGCGUAUUCUUUCUACCCAGAAGAUGAAAUCCUCCACUUCUACAAAUGGACCUCUCCUCCGGGAGUGAUCCGGAUCCUGUCCAUGCUCAUCAUCGUGAUGUGCAUUGCCAUAUUUGCCUGUGUCGCCUCCACCCUUGGCUGGGACAGAGGCUAUGGGAACAACAUCCUAGGAGGUGGCAUAGGUUACCCUUACGCUGGAAGUGGCUUUGGAAGCUUCGGAAAUGGCUACGGUUAUGGCUACAGUUACGGCUAUGGAACAGGCUACACAGACCCAAGAGCGGCAAAGGGUUUCCUGAUAUCCAUGGCUGCCUUUUCUUUCAUUGCUGCGCUGGUAAUAUUCGUUACUAGUGUUAUAAGAUCUGAGAUAUCUAGAACACGAAGAUAUUACCUGACGGUGAUAAUCCUGAGUGCCAUCCUGGGCUUCCUGGUGUUUAUUGCCACCAUCGUCUACAUAAUGGGAGUCAAUCCAACUGCCCAGGCUUCGGGAUCUAUGUAUGGUUCACAGAUUAGUGUCCUCUGCAACCAGUUUUAUUCACCUACAACUUCUGCGCUAUACGUGGAUCAGUAUUUGUAUCACUACUGUGUGGUGGAUCCCCAGGAGGCCAUUGCCAUUGUGCUAGGAUUCAUGGUUAUUGUGGCUUUUGCUUUAAUAAUAUUCUUUGCUGUGAAAACUCGAAGGAAGAUGGACCAGUAUGACAAGACGAAUAUUUUGUGGGACAAGGAGCCUGUUUAUGAUGAGCAGCCCCCCAAUGUUGAAGAGUGGGUUAAGAAUGUCUCCGCAGGCACACAGGACAUGCCUCCUCCCCCGUCGGACUACGUGGACAGGGUGUACAGUCCCGUGGCCUACUCUUCCAACGGCAAAGUGAAUGACAAGAGGUUGUAUCCGGAAUCAUCCUAUAAAUCAACUCCGGUGCCAGAAGUUGUGCAGGAGCUGCCGGUGACUUCCCCGGUGGAUGACUUCAGGCAGCCUCAUUACAGCAGCGAUGGCAACUUUGAGACACCGUCCAAAAGGGCUCCCACAAAGAGAAGGCCGGGAAAGCCGAAGAGGCCGGAGCAAGACCACUACGAGACCGACUACACGACGGGCGGCGAGUCCUGCGAUGAGCUGGAGGAGGACUGGAUCAGGGAAUAUCCACCUAUCACUUCAGAUCAACAAAGACAAGUCUAUAAGAGAAGUUUUGACACUGGCCUGCAGGAAUACAAGCGCUUACAAGCAGAACUUGAUGAGGUCAAUAGAGAACUCUCUCGUCUGGAUAAGGAAUUGGACGAUUACAGAGAAGAAAGCGAAGAGUACAUGGCUGCUGCUGAUGAAUACAAUAGACUGAAGCAAGUUAAGGGAUCUGCAGAUUACAAAAAUAAGAGGAAUUAUUGCAAGCAGUUGAAGAGCAAGUUGUCCCACAUCAAGAAGAUGGUUGGAGAUUAUGACAGAGGGAAAACAGAAAGCAAAUUCCAGAUUGUUUGA